AUGGAUAAAAAUUUAUUUAAUUCUGUUCAAUUAUCCUCACAAUCAUGUAAUUUAUCAUUACAAGAUAUUGAACCUCCAAAAUCAAAUGUUAUUUUGGAGGAAGAAAUAUUAAAAGAACAAAAUACACAGGAAGAUAUUGAAAUUUUAAAUAAAGUAAAGGAUGAAAGUAUAGAAAAGUUUGAAGUAACAGAUAAAAAGAAUUUAAAUGAUAUUAAAGAUGAAAAAAAUAAUGCAAAAAAUUCUAAAUCUUAUUAUGUAUUAAAAACUAUUGAGAACCCUGUAAAUAAUGAGACAAUUAAUAAAAUUUCUAAUAAAUCAAAUAUAUAUGGUUUUUGGAAUCUUGGUGUUGUAAGUAAUUAUGUUAUGGAUGGAAUAAAAACAAUAUGCCCACCUUCAGGAACUUCAUCAAAAAUUGUAGACAAAAGUAGUAAUAAAAUUAAUAAAUUAACACCAAAAAUAUCAACAGAAAUUGUUAAUGAAACAAAUAAACAAAUAAAAGAUGAUGAAAAUAAUAAAUAUAGUAAAAUUUUAUCUAAUGAUAAAACAAAAUCAAUGGUAAAUGAUUUAAAUACAUCAACAUAUGGGUAUUUACCAAAUUGGGAUUCACUUGUUGGUGCUACAUCUAAUUUAAUGGAAACAACAACAAGUGCUCUUAAAACAGCAACUGAAGUUGGUAUAAAAAAUAUAAAAUCAUUAAAUAAAAAAGUUAUUCGUAAAAAUAAACUUUCAAAUCAGGUAUCAUACUAUUCAGAUACAAAUUUACGCCAAACAUCACUUAAGAGUGCUGCUGAUUAUGAUUAUAUAGAUUUAGUAUCAUUACAAAGUCAACUUGAUGAAAAUAACAAUAGUAAAAGUUAA